AGUACACAAAUAAAAGUCAGAAGUCAAGCAAAUCUGCGGAAAUGGAAUCGCCACCAAUGUUUAAUAGCGUCGAGGAUGAGUGCAGGUAUUGGAAGGAAAGAUCCAAGCAGUAUCACAAAGAAUGGACAGAUGUGAAACAAGAAUACGACGAGUUCGUGGAGCAAUCACGCGAAAUGGAAAUCGAAAUGGAUGCGACUCUGGACCAGAAGCAGAGUAUAAUCAAAGAUCUCACAGCCAAGCUCACAAUGUUUGAGCGGGAAAACGAGUCCCUCAAGCUCAAGUUGGACUCGCAUGGCAUCGAAAUGUCAAAUAUGGAGAAACAGUUGGAAACCGUGAAGAAGGAUCGGGACACCAUGAAGGUGUAUCUGCGGCAGCUGGAGCAGAAGAACGAUGAUUUGGAGCGGGCCCACCGCAUUUUGAACGAAAGCAUAGAGAACUUCGAGAAGAUGCUGGAUCAGGCCUACGAAAAGAACGCCCUCCUCGAGCUGGAAGUGGAUGAAAAGGGUUUGCUGCAAGAGAAGCUGCAGCGGCUGAUGGACGAGACGAGAGAUCUCAAGCAGGAGCUGAAUGUCAAGUCACGCUUUACCCCAGUGGUCAAUGGAACGAGCGUUCCCACGGCCAACGACACCAACACCGUGAACAGCUCCAUGAACUCGUCCGCCUCGCUGCCAAACGGCAUUGUGGCCAACGGCGAUUUAACGAAUCACGACAAUGCAGUCGCCACAAGAGCCACCAGCGUCAGCUCGAACGCCUUAAAUGGCAGUUUAGUUAAUAGAAACGAAUAUAACCAGCAGCACUCGCUUAAAAAUCCCGAGAACCAAAUCAAUGGCAAUUCCAUGAACCCCAGCUCCCGCACAACGGCGCUCAACAUUGUGGCCGACAUGUUAAGAAAACUAAACGCAAUGGAGACCAAGCUAAAGACGUACCGCGAGAACGGCCAGCCGAUGCCGCAGCGGCACCGCUCCGCCCAGUCCACCCAUCCGGCGCUGGCCGGACUGCCUUGCCUCUCGCUGGAUGCCGAGUAGUGGGGCUGAGGGCCUCUGCAUCUUCAAUCUCCACCCAAUUCCCAAUCACCAAGGGCGGGAUACUGUUCAGUUGGCUUUACGUUUACGUUUACGUUACGUUACGUUAAUGUUACUGUUAGCAUUAAUUUAGCUUCUGCUGCCUCUUUAUUUAUUUGAUCUAACUUGACUUGUAUAAACCAUUUGCGAUAUUAUAAAUUACACAACAGUUGAUGUUGUCGUUUCGAGCCCAACAUCUAACAUGCCUUAGUACGAAUUAAGAGUAUAAACCUAAGCUAAGUCCCACUCGGUUCAAUUUGACUUCAAUUGUUAACUGCAACGCGAUUGUUUUUGGCAUGCAAUGUGUUUAGCGAGUAAGUUGAAAGAUGUUCCCCCCACAGCACACAAGCGAAGAAGCUCUGUCCAAGUAUUAUACUUCAAGCGGACAACCAAUACUCGUAGCGUUUAGGAAAAAGACAAGAUCUAACCCGAAAGAAAAAUACCUAAAUUAAAAACACAACCGAUCAUCUAGUUAUGUACUGUAAUUAUCUAUCAGAGCUAUUUUCUGUUUAUAUUUACGAGCGAAUAUAAAUUUGUAAAAAUGCAAUAUUGUUAACAGCGAACUGUAUAAAGCAUAACAAAAAUCCAACGAACAGGCAAAAUUAUAAAUAUACAUAUAUAUAUGAAUAAAGAGCAACAUAAUUAGUUUAAUAGAAA